AUGACCGGAGAGGGCUCUGUGGUGGAAAGAAUCGACAAUACGCUGAACGCCCACUAUUAUACGAUUGCUUAUUGUGUCGUUAUAACCGCGUAUGUAUUGGGCUUUGCGGAGUACGUCUACCUUCGGCUCGUCUCGAUUCUCAUCCCGGAAAAGAUGAAAUUUUACAAGACAUGCCAGGAACGGGCUGAUGAAAGGGUGGGUAAGGAUGGUUGGCAUUACGGCGUGAGUGUGGGGGCAUUUGUCGUGAUUGCCCUGUUCCAAUUGAUCUGUUUCUUCGGAUUGACAAUAUCUGAGAAAUGGACAAAGAUUAGCCAUUUUGGGCCCUCAUCUGCCGCGUCGUUACGGCGCGAGCGUGUCGCGUCGCAGAUCCGGACCGUCAUCCACAAGAUUAUGUACCGCACCUUUUUAUGCUACGGACUGUGCUCUGGCAUCAUUUGCAUGCUGAUUUUCUACAUGGUCGGCAUUCAGGACUCAAUCGGGGAUACGGGUGUUGCCCCUCUAGUCCACAAUACUACAGCAACACGGCUGGCAUCAUUGGCUGAGAUAGCCGAGCCCUCUUCAUAUUCUGCAUCUCCACUUCCAUCUGCCGUUCCUCCACUCAGUUUUCCCAAUUUUUCGGAACGGGAUCGACCGGAAAGUUUAUCCGGUCGAAGUACGCACAGUGCUCGUGAACCACCACAAUUGGAUAGAGGGAUCGAGAUUGAGCCAUUUCGAAGAGGGAGCAGACAGACAACUACCGUA